GUAAAUUUUUGCGAUGAGCCGCGUCGACGAGAUCCAGAAAAAAAAUCCGUAGCAGCGUCAUCGCCACCUCUCCUUCUACCAACUCCACAACCUCACACAAUGCCGUCCGCAUUAGGAAAGCGCAAGCCGCCCUCGCACGAGAAGAGCACCGCCACCAAGGCCGACACCCAACAGGACCCUCAGGACAUCUUCAGGCGCCUCUUUGAGCAGCGCUUCACGCCCCUGGAGCCCGCCCCUUCUACGCGCCGACCAAAACACGCAGCCCCGACGACGGCUCACGACGACUCGGACGAUUUCGACGACGACGAUACCGACGAAGACGGGCUCGACUCCGACUCCGACGACGACACAGACCUGGACGAUGACGAGGACGGGGCCGGCUCCGAAUGGGGCGGAGUGUCGGACGCGGACGGCGAUAGUAUAGACGGCUCGGACGAGGUCGAGGUCGUCGACCACUCUUGCAACCCGCUAGCCUCGGACGCGGCCCCGUCCAUGACCAAGCAGGAGCUGAAAGCAUACAUGUCCUCCCGCCCGCCCUCCAUAGCCACCGAGCCGAAACAGCAGCCACCACCACCACAAGGCCGCAAGUCCAAAAAGACAGCCGCGACAGCCGAGGACUCGGCCGACCUGCUAGCCAACGACCUAGCGCUACAGCGGCUUCUGUCCGAGUCGCACCUGCUGUCAGCCGCCACCGCCGGCCAGGCGUCGUCGUCGUCGGCCACGCUGCUGUCCUCGGUCGCCGCGACCCCGGCCGCCGGCUCGGCCGCCUUCGCGCAGGGCCGCCUGCGCCGCCGCACGGCCGACCUGCGCAUGCAGGCCCUCGGCUCGCGCGAGUCCGUCUUCGCCCAGCCCGCCAUGCCGCUCGCCAUCCGCAGGGGCAUCGCCCAGCACCGCGCCGCCAGGGAGCAGAGGAGGCGCCGCGAGGCCCGCGAGUGCGGCGUCAUACUCGAGGCGCCGUCUUCGUCGUCGUCGUCGUCUGCAAAGAGCCGUGCUGGUGGUGGUGGUGGUGGUGGUAGUGGUGCCCGUCGCGGCGGCCCAAAGGUUGGGAUGCCGGGCGUCGGCAAGAUGUGCGGCGCAGAGCUGAGGAUUAGUGCCAGGGAUGUGCGUGACAUUGAGGGCCGAAAGGCCGGGCCUGAGAAGAGGAAGAAGAAGAGGAGGUAGGGGUUUACGAAUUAGUUGCGAAAACAAUACAACUGUAUUCUCCGCUGUCGA